CCCGUUCUCGAUUUUUUUUUAAUUUUACAAAUCGAAAGAAAAACACCUAUAAAGUAAAUUCCCAAAUUUUUAGAUUUUUAUUCCUACUUUUAACCCCUUAAAAAAAUUAACAAAGUUGCUCCACGCGAAAACGGGGCGGAGCUUCGAGUGACGUCACGACGCAGUAGACGAGACGGUGCGACCGCGCCGCGGUAUCGGGAGACGGCCAGAAACAGUGGAAAUCGAAUUAAAAAACGUGUUUGUUUAGUCUGUUGCGAGUAUUCGUGUGGUGUUUUCUGUUCUGUAACUUUUUUUAAUUUAAUUUCUGGUGUACCAUGAGUGACAAAAAAACUACGAGGAAAUAUUGUAUUGUACCUGAGUGUCCUAAUACCUCAAAAAAUGCCCCUGAGAAACUAUUUAUAAACGUGCCUUCUGAUCCUACAGCUAGGAAGGUUUGGCAAAAAGCUAUGCGUCGAGAAGUUUUUGUUUCUGGUAAAUCACACGUUUGUUGUUGUGAGGAUCAUUUUAAUGUAAGUUAAAGUUUGCGAUGAUAACGCAGAAUAAAAAAUAUUUUAUAUCUUUAACCUCUUUUAGGUAAAAGAAGACAUAGAAAAUUAUAUGUAUUUAAAAACUAUGAAAAAAGGUAAUAUUCUUAUUAAGCCAAAUGUAGUACCGAGAUUUUUUGAUUGCCAAAAAAGUCGAGUAACAGCACAUAAAGCGAAACAGUCGAAGUUUUUACAAAAAAAAGAACAGCGGUCUUUGAUUCAUAGUUUACUACUUCCUGGGACUUCUGCUGAAAUCGAGGAUGUUGAGCAAGAAGAUAACGUGACAAGCGAAACAGAACCGAAACAAAAAGAUGUAGGCAUUCAAGUUUUAUUUAAGGUAGAAAGUCGCAGCAAGGGAAUUCAAUGUAUGCCAGAUGAUUUGGUGCCAGUGGAAAAAGAGAAGAAAAAAAGACAAUGUGCAUUUAAGCAAAAUGAUUCGAAGAUAAUGCGGUUUGCUGAAAAAAAUAAUUCUAUCUCUAUUUCCACUAGCGGCUCUACGUCCACAUUUAGCUAAGUAUGUCGGAUUCUGACAAUACGCAAUAUAUGGAAAAUAUGGACUUUUCAGAAGAAAUACGAAAAAGAUCUACGUUUUUAAUAGAAAGAAAUCCAAAACUUUAUAUAGGUAUUCCUAGCCAUUCAUUGUUUAUUGUAAAUAUUCUAGCGCAAAAAUGUAAAUUAGAUAGAUUAGAUAUUUUUUUAACUUUCAAAAAGAUAAAACUAAAUUUAUCCUAUAGAAUAUUAGCUGACGAUUUUGGCAUACAAGUUGCUAGGGUAUGUAAUAUUAUUCAAAAAACUAUACCUUUAUUAGCAGGUUACCUUUAUCCAUUUGUGCAAUUUAAAUCAUUAAAUGAUGUCCAAGAAAAACUUCCUAUUCCCUUUAGGCAUAGAUAUAAAAACGUUCAAUGUAUUAUUGACUGUUUUGAAAUAUCGAUACAAAAACCAAGCAACCCAAUACUACAGUCUCUUUCAUGGUCAGAAUAUAAAGGUUGUAACGCUAUGAAAUAUUUAAUAGCAUGUACACCAAAUAGUUUUAUUUCUUACAUUUCUAGUGGCUUUGGUGGUAGAACUACUGAUAAAAUGAUAGUUGAAGAAUCAACUUUUUUGGCAAAAUUAGAUCCAGGGGCUCAAGUAAUGGCCGACAGAGGGUUUAAGCAUCUCGAAAAUCAACUUUUAGCCAAUAAUAAUCAACUGGUUAGACCACCAUCUGUUUCAUCAAGUCAAAAAAGUUCGAAGAAUGAAGUUACAGAAUCAAACAGAAUUGCAAGCUUAAGAAUACAUGUUGAACGAGUGAUUUCUCGAAUAAGGGAAUUUUCCAUUCUUCAACCUCAUGCUAGUGUUCAUUUAAGUUUAGUUAAAUAUUUAGAUUUAAUAGUGCAAAUAGUUUGUGGAAUUAUUAAUUUACAAGAUUAUUUAGUGAAAUAAGUACACAGAGUAAUAUUUUACAUUAUUUUAUUAAAAAUGUUUUCCAACCAAAA